AUGACAACCACUAAUCAGCUGCUUGAUCGAAUCCAGUCUCGUGCAGUUAAGAAAACACUCUUUUCCGAGAUAAGUAAGAGCGAGCAUCGUUUAACCACAGCUGCGUCUGCAGCUUACCAGCCGUCCUCAUUUAUGGACGCCAACGGAUACAACUUUAAUCCCUUCAAGAACACGAAAAGCUCUGAUCCACCACCCAGUAACUGUUCACUCCCUAGUUUUUCUGCCACGGAAUUAGAAGAGAAGGCUGUCAGAUCAAAGACAAAACGCUUACUGAGUAAAGUUGAAGGCCAUCUUCUCAAAGCCAAGGCGCGGAGCUUAUCUAAGCCGUCUCCUGAAGAGCUCUCAAAUACUCUUAUGCAGACUGUCUCUGAUGUACCCAUAUCUUCUGCUUUGGUGUCAAACUUAUGCGGCAUUGACAUCCCAGUUAGGAUAGCAGAAAAGCGUCUUGCGGUCAGUUGUGACGAAGGAAUUGAUCUCAAACCAGCUCUCUACGAACAAGUUAAUCAGAUACCUGGGAAGGAGGAACAGGGAUCCACCACCAGACUCCAGAAGUAUAUGACUUACAAAUACGAUCCUCCCACAGAACUUAGCAGCGGUAUUGACUUUAUAGACAACAAAGUGCCGUUCUUAGUACAUGAGCGACUAAGCACUGCUGCAAGUGGACGCUCUUGUAACAACAUCGGUCAUAGUAGCAAGCUUGAUAAGCGAUCGAGCAUGUUAGGGAUGGACUUAGCUACAGCAGGGCCAGAAGAUCUCCGGGCAUACUUUUCUCGGUCGUCCAGUCCCAAGAUAUCUGUUACAUCAACAAACACCAAUGUUGCCACACCUCGAAAGAGUCCUGGAGAUAGCAGCAGUGUAAGAUCUGCCGGGUCCAAACGGACGCCACUUCGACAAGAACGCUCUCAUCUUCGUGACGCUCUUCUUGAGGCACCGAAGCAAUUUCUCCCCGAGCAGACUCUUCAGAAUUAUGCAGACUAUAAGACAUCUGUUACUAUUAACCAAAUGCCCCAUUUAGAGCAGGAUGUUUUGGAUCUCGAAACCACAGUCGAGCGGCGGAAGUUUGAAAGAGUUUUGCACUCUCCAGCAAAGCUCCAAGAAAAAGUGUUUCAGGUCAAUCCGGAGCAAGUGAUAGCUGCAGAUUCUUGCAGAUGUGAUUGCCACACGUUGCCGCCGCACCAAAUUGAGCUUCUACCCUAUCUUCGCUGUCCCAUGUGUCUGUGUAAAAUACGGUCUGCUAUGGAGAACGAACCAGAACCAGGGACGACUUCUCUUUAUCAGCAUCUAAAGAAGGCUGCCAGUAUGAAGAAUAAGAAUAUGCCUAGGAAUCUUUUGCACAACUCAAAGACUAACGUAGAUUCCUUAGUUUAUCGAACAACUGUGUUGCCCCCAGAAGAAGACUCGGCCAGCACUGCCGCACACGACAAUUCUACCAAGAGCCUUCUAAAUGAACUGAGAGAGGAAAAAGAAGAAACUGCUCAAUUCAUAGGAAGUCCGCUUGGUGCCAUUAAUGUCUCUCCACAAGCAAUCUCGCCACGGCUAGCACAACGUUUGAUCAACAGGGGACUUAAUAAGGUGACCACACGUAAUGAAAAGCUUCUUAGAGCCGCACUACAGCAAGCGAUUCUUGCCGAUAAGCUUUGGACCGACAGACUCUUGAUGGACAUUUCCCCCGGUAUAACCCCACAAGAGAUUAUAGACAUUCUUCAGAAGCGUCGGUAUGACCGGGCACCCUCUACUGUUGCAGUACCACUUAUUCGAAAGACCGCCACGUAUCGGAGCAAGGUUGCCAACGAUGAUCUUGACCACGAUGAUCUUUUGCUUUCCUCUACUCUUCCACUGAUCCAAGACUAUGAUUUGCAGAGCAAUUCGUUGAUAGAUAAGGGGCUUGAAGAAUCAGAACAUGGCACCAUCAGAGAUGGAUUUUAUGGUAUGGAUGAACACACAAACAAGGAAUUUGAAGACUACACUCCCAAUCCAACUGGAGCGCAGCCGCUGCGUCGCGUGAGGCUAUCUGUUCCGGAAUCAGUUAAGAUACAAUCACCAGCAGUACUACACAUGCGAGAUAGUAUAGCUGAUCCCACUGUACUUGAUUCUCUUGGUGCACAGAAGCUUAAAGAGGCAAGAGCACAUGAGGCUAAUAAGGCGUUUAUACCGAGGAGACAAAAGCCUAAUGUCUCAAAUGCCGAAGCAUUGGCGAAGAAAGUGCUGUACUCACGGUCUCGUGAGCAGCGUGCAUCUAAGAGCAAAGAGAUUAUUGCCGAAAUGGCCAGCGCUAUCAAAGAAACAUCAUCCACAGCACGUUCUCGAGGGUCUCUAACAGGCUCAUAUUACUUACCACCCAGCUCAAGUGUCCGCAUGCGUCCAGAGGAGUUGGCCGAAUUCCAAGCCAAUGUGACGAAUGGAUUUAAGGUCCAAUCUACUAAGAAGGAGUAUGUAUUUAGAUUUAGUCUUGCGUGUCUUUCUGUUAACGAGUAUAUAUCCCUUCAUUCUGUCAAGUAUUUUAAAUAUAGAUCGGUGUGUGGCUCACUAAACCUUUUUGUAUAUCUUAGCGAUACAACACUACAAGCUAUCACAGAAGCAUUUUACUUAGCAAAAAAGGUUGUAGAUGUGGUGGUCGCAGGGGUUACCAACACACACGAUCACUGCAACUCUCCAGGCCAGCCGAGCGUUUACAAUUUGGCACAGAACAAAGACUUAGACUUAAAUGUAGUGAACGGGGAAUCUAAAUCUGUAACCGAUUCCAUAGAGUUUACAGCCAAGACUCGCUUGUCAAAGGAUACAUUAUUAUCUACAUCAGGUCAUCUCAGCUUUUCGUGCCCCUGCAACGGGCUUUACUAUGUAGCACUACAUAUAGAUAACAAGGACAUCAUGUAUGUGGAUGAAAGAGACUACAAGCAACUGAUGCUAACGCAGCGGAAGGAAAAUGCUCCUACAGCUGUUUUGCACAACCUAAUAGAGAGCCAGCUGAAACUGUCAGAGGAUAGUGGCACAGUGUCAAAGUCUAUGCGUAAGCCGCAAGCAAUUUUAUCCAAUAGGCUGUCCCAUAGUGACCGUGAGGAAGAGUCUACAGAUGCCAUUCCUCCUGUUCCUCCAAAUGAACGUGAGCCUUCGCCUCAGCUUAUGGAGCACGAUCUCGCUCUCAGUGAUCAAGACACGUCAGAAUCUCGGCAGCACGCUGACGCUUCUAACCCACGGGCUGCAAUUGCAUCGGAAUCGGUUUGCAGACGUACCCUAAGAACGGCCACGGACGAUCACAAGCGCGACCUACCAGACGCUGACCAGUCCUUGCAGCAUCAUAGCGCUGAGGAGAUGAUGAAUGAGACCCUUAGGUCAAUUUACGCAGAUAGCCGCCUUUCAGUAGAUAUCCAGAGAACGAUAGUCCCAGAGGCCUCUAACGGCUAUAUAGAAAAGGCUCUUCCGGUGAAAUCCGUUGUCACGGCAAUCCACCGGGCACAGAGCCGGCUCCGUAAGCUGACUGGCCAAGCGACAUAG